AUACUAGCUGCUAUUGGCAACAGACUUUCUUAACACAAAUCCUACCAAGCCAACACUUAAUUAUUCACAAAAAUCUAAAUAUGGAAAUAGUUUACGUCGGGCACCGACAUCCUAGAAAUCGUGCGCUUUUAAUAUCAAACAAAGAAUGGAAAAGACUGGGAAAAAUUUUAACGAAAAAAAUGGACGAAGAGGAAGCGGUGGAGGCCAGCAAACGACUGAAAGAGAUGAGGCGAGAAACGUCCAAAAAGAUGGUGGACGGUUGGGACAACACAGAACUGAACAAGACCAAAAAACUUUUGGAACAAAAACGGAAGGCGCUCUCCGAGCUGGAAACCAAACGGCAGCAGAGAGACGAGGAGAUGAAGCGCGAGGCACUAGAGGCCAGGAAUAGGAUCAUCGAGAAAGCGUGCAAACUGAAAUUCGAAGAGAGAGACUCGACGAAAACGUUUUAUAGAGCCCUGCAGCAUUCCGAAGUGUUCAAAGAGAGGGCAAUACAACUCAAGUUUAACGAAGCUGAGAGGGAGAAGAAGAUGCAAAAGGACCUCGAGACGGCUCAAGAACAAAACAAGGAAGUGGAACGGUACAAAAAACACAGAGAGGACGAAAAACAAAAAAAUCACGAGCUAAAAAGAUCUAAAGCUGAAAUGUUGUUAAAAGAACUAAAAGAACGUAGAGAUAGCAGGAGCGAUGAACAAAAUGCGUUGCUUGAGUCGGGUAAGUUGGAAUUACGGAAAAUAGCCGAAGAAAUCGAGGAAGCUCAAAAAAAGGCCGCUGCCGAGGCUCGGUCAGCGAAGGAAAAACUGCAAAAGGAUAUAGAAGACAACCACAUUAUGAUAGCCAGCGAAGACGACGUGCGUGAGUCAGAGGAAUGGGAAGAGGAUAUGGUCACUACCAUCAUGGCGGAGACGAAGAAGACAUUAGCCAGAGCACGGAGACUAAAAGAAAUAGAACUAGUGGAGGUCAAGCAACUGGCACUGGAGGAGAUGCGGGCGAGAUCGGCGGCCUGGCCGUCGAAGCAAACCGGGUGGGCAGAGUCUGACGUGCUGGACGCCGUAGAAGCGCAGGAAAAACGGUAUCAAGAAGGGGAGAGCAAAAAAAGAGAGCUUGCCAAUAAGAGAAUAGAACACGUGGAGAUCGGCAACAGGCUAUGGGAAGAAGAGAUCUGCAGGCGACGAGAGCGAUCGGCACAGAAUCUUCGAUCGGAGAUGCACAGACGCGAACGCGAGAAACGGUUGUUGACAGAGUUUGCGGACUUGCGCCGGCGAACUCGAACGGACAAUGCCAACCGGUUCCGGGAGCAGCUCGAAAAACAGUGCAACGAUAAAAGGAUUGCAUUGUUGGCAAAUAGACAAGCUGAUAUAGAUCGCCACUCAGCAUUUGAACGUGAGUGGCAAAAAGAAGAUGAAGAAUUCAUUGCAUAUACCAAAAAUGUGAUUGAGAAGAAGAUAUCAGUCGGCAAUCCAGUUGUGCCAUUAAUUAAAACAGUAAAAGAUUAUCUUGAAAAGAACAAUUUAUGCAUGAAUGGCGAUAAGGUAUCAAAAAAAAUUCCAAAAGGUCCAACCUAUACAUCAAGAAUAAUACGCCAUAUUUAAUAAUAAUUUUUAAAAAAAUAUGUAUUUAAAAAU